AUGUAUAGAAUCAGCGAUCCAAACCAAUAUUUGGUAAAAACUGGUGCUUUUAUCGAUGAUGUCAAAUUAUGUAAAAAAGCAUGGAUAUUCCCUAAUCAAAGAUCCAUGUUUUUUGACAUCACUCCCGCAAAUUACACUUUACAACUUCAGGCUAUGACUGCCGAAAAAUUGGAAUUCAAUCUUCCUGCUGUUUUUACUAUCGGCCUUGAACGUUAUGCUAAAUUAUUGGCAGCACAUGAUAAAAGUUCAGAUCACGUCAAAGAUUUAGUUAGAGGUAUCAUUGAAGGUGAAACUCGUGUGAUUGCUGCAGCUAUGACUAUGGAAGAAAUUUUUCGCGAAAGAAAAGGAUUUAAAGAAGAAGUCAUUAAAAGUGUACAAGCUGAAUUGGAUCAAUUCGGUUUAUUUAUUUAUAAUGCUAAUGUUAAACAAUUACAAGACACCCAAGGAUCUGAAUAUUUUGCCUACAUGCGUAUGAAAACUCAUGAAGGUGCUGUAAAUCAAGCCAAAGUUGAUGUCGCUGAAGCUAAAUAUAAAGGGGAUGUGGGGGCCAAAGACAGAGAAGGUUCGACGAGAAGAGAAACUUCAAAGAUUGAAGCUGAAACAGUUUUAGUUGAAAAAGAGCGUCAAGUUGCUAUUGCACAAGCUGAAAUGAAUCUCAGCACUAAAAAAGCAGAAUACAAUAAACAAACGAAAAUAGCAGAAAUUGAAGCUGCACAAGCUGCAAAGAAACGUGAAGCCGAACUUCAAAAAGAAGUUGAAGAACGUAGAUUAUUAUCAGAGACUGAAAGACUUAGAGUUCAAUAUGUUUCUAAAGCUAAAGCCGAAUUUGAAGCUAAUAAGGCAAAUUCUGAUGCUAAAUUGUACACUGCUCAAAAAGAAGCCGAAGCCGAAUUAUACAAGAAACAAAAAGAGGCCGAAGGUGUAUUAGCUUUAUAUAAUUCUCAAGCUGAAGGUGUCAAAAAUUUGAUGCAAGCAUUUGAUGGCGAUACCCAAUCAGCUAUUCAAUAUAUCAUGAUUCAACGUGAUACAUUCCAACAAUUGGCCAAAGAAAAUGCUUUAGCAGUUCAAGGUCUUAAUCCUAAAAUCACUGUUUGGAAUACUGGUGGAGAAUCGUCUGCACAAUCUUUUAAUAAUCCAAUCUCUAACAUAUUUCAAUCUUUACCUCCACUUUUAUCAACAAUUCAAGAUCAAACUGGUAUUAAACCUCCUAAUUGGAUUGCUCAAGUGCCUGAUAAUACUUCCACUUGA